AAGCCAUGAACCAGUUUUGCUUGCAAUGACUGGGAUGCUCCUUUUAUACCCUUCUACCUGCUCUGCUGUUUUUAAUCAGCUCAAGCCUGUAUCUUUUACAGCCUUGGUGGAGAACGUUGAACAUUUGAAGCCUACAGCCUGCCCUCAAGAUAAACUGGUUCUGAUCCGAGAGAAUAAGACGUGGACUGAAGCUCUGAGAUACUGCAGAGAUAGGGACAUGGACCUGGUGUCGGUGGAUUCGGAGCAGAUGCAGCGGUGGGUGAUGGAUGUGACCUCGAGCGCUCUCUCCGAUCACGUGUGGCUGGGUCUGCGUCACGCCUGCGCACUGAGAUUCUGGUUCUGGGUGAACGGUUGCACCGUGUGCUACAAUCAGUGGGCUCCUGAUUACGACACUGGACUGAAUGACUGCGAUAAGACGGUGAGAUCCGGAGUCAUUAGGACCUGCGAUAAUCGCUGGAUCAGCCGCCCUGAAACUGAUAGAUACAACUUCAUCUGCAUCAAGUGAGUGCUGGAGAGUCACUGAUUACAUGUGAUCCAGAUUACAAAUAUUCAGUACUUGUAAUUAGAUUACACUACAUUUUAAAAAGCCAACAUUCAGAUUACUGUUACUUUCUUAUGGAUUACAUAUAUUCACACAAUGCCAGUAAAUUAUUCAUGUAAUCACAAAAGUAAUCAAAAAUUACUCAAAACCAUUAAUAAAAUUAAUAAAAGUAAAAACAAAGUUUUCAUUAUGUAAUUAGUAACCAGCAAC